UCUGCUGUGACCAGGAUCCAAGUUCAAAGACCUGGUUUCAAUUACACGUUUGCCCAUAUAUGUAUCCUGAACAACGACAAGACAUGCAUAGUGGACGACAUAGUGCAUGUACUGGAGGAACUAAAGGCUGCUCGUUCUUCUAAUCGAACUAAUUUUGCAAUCACUUACCCGAUUACUCACUUAAAGGAUGGCAGGGAAGUGUAUAACGGGCAUCAGCUUGGUGGGGUUACUGUGCACAGCAAAGACCGGGUGAAGUCUGCAGAAGCCAUUCAGCUCACCUACUACUUGCAGGCAAUCAACUCUUUGAAUGACAUGGUGGCAGAGAAGUGGGAAUCCAUUUUUUGUGACACUGUUGAACUUUUCCAGAAAUCCAACAGGAAAAUCAAAAUGUAUCCUUUCACUUCUUCUUCGCUGAAGGAGGAUUUCCAGAAGACAAGCAGGGUGUCAGAACGCUACCUGAUCACAAGCUUGGUCCUUGUGGUCACCUUGGCCAUUCUCUGCUGCUCCAUGCAGGAUUGUGUCCGCAGCAAACCCUGGCUUGGCCUGCUGGGAUUGCUGACUGUGACCCUUGCCACCCUGACUGCAGCUGGGAUCAUCAAUCUCACUGGUGGGAAAUACAAUUCCACCUUCCUGGGAAUCCCCUUCGUCAUGUUAGGUCAUGGGUUAUAUGGGACUUUUGAAAUGUUGUCCUCCUGGAGAAAAACUAGAGAAGACCAACACGUUAAAGAGAGGACUGCAGCUGUAUUUGCAGACUCCAUGCUCUCGUUUUCUCUCACCACUGCCAUGUACCUGGUCACUUUUGGAAUAGGUGCCAGUCCCUUCACUAACAUUGAAGCAGCCAGGAUUUUCUGCUGCAAUUCCUGUAUUGCAAUUUUCUUCAACUACCUCUAUGUACUCUCCUUUUAUGGUUCUAGCCUGGUGUUUACUGGCUAUAUAGAAAACAACUACCAGCAUAGUAUCUUCUGCAGAAAGGUACCAAAGCCAGAGGUAUUGCAAGAGAAGCCUGCAUGGUAUAGGUUUCUUCUGACAGCCAAAUUCAGUGAGGACACAGAUGAUUCAGAGGAAACGAACACUUACGAGAGUCAUCUUUUGGUGUGGUUCCUGAAACGCUAUUAUUGUGACUGGAUAACAAACACUUAUGUCAAGCCUUUUGUAGUUCUCUUUUACCUUGUUUAUAUUUCCUUUGCCUUAAUGGGCUACUUGCAGGUCAGUGAAGGGUCAGACCUGAGCAACAUCGUGGCGACCGCAACACGGACCAUUGAGUAUACGACUGCCCAGCAGAAGUAUUUCAGUAACUACAGCCCAGUGAUUGGGUUCUACAUCUAUGAGUCGAUCGAGUACUGGAAUACCAGUGUCCAGGAGGAUGUGCUGGAGUAUACCAAGGGCUUUGUGAGGAUAUCUUGGUUUGAAAGCUACUUAAAUUACCUUAGGAAACUCAACAUAUCUACUGGAUUGCCCAAGAAGAAUUUCACUGAUAUGUUGAGGAACUCCUUCCUGAAGACCCCUCAGUUUGCCCAUUUUUCAGAGGAUAUCAUCUUUUCCAAGAAAUACAACAACGAAGUUGAUGUCGUGGCCUCCAGGAUGUUCUUGGUGGCCAAGACAAUGGAAACCAAGAGGGAAGAACUUUAUGACCUCUUGGAGACCCUGAGGAAGCUCUCUCUCACCUCCAAGGUGAAAUUCAUUGUUUUCAAUCCAUCAUUUGUGUACAUGGAUCGUUAUGCUUCUUCAGUAGGAGCACCUUUACAAAACUCCUGCAUUAGUGCUUUAUUUCUGCUCUUCUUCUCUGCAUUCCUGGUGGCAGACUCUCUGAUCAAUGUCUGGCUCACUCUAACUGUUGCCUCGGUUGAAUUUGGAGUUAUAGGUUUUAUGACCUUGUGGAAAGUGGAACUAGAUUGUAUUUCUGUGUUGUGCUUAAUUUACGGAAUUAAUUAUACAAUUGACAACUGUGCUCCACUGUUAUCGACCUUUGUCCUGGGCAAAGAGUUCACAAGAACUAAAUGGGUGAAAAAUGCCCUGGAAGUGCAUGGGGUAGCUAUUUUGCAGAGCUACCUCUGCUAUAUUGUUGGUCUGAUUCCUCUUGCAGCUGUGCCUUCAAAUCUGACCCGUACACUGUUCAGGUGCUUGUUUUUAAUAGCAUUAGUCACCUUCUUUCACUGCUUUGCCAUUUUACCUGUGAUACUGACUUUCCUGCCACCAUCCAAGAAGAAGAGGAAAGAGAAGAAGAAUCCUGAAAACCGUGAGGAAAUAGAGUGUGUUGAAAUGGUGGAUAUGGAUAGCACCCGAGUGGUUGACCAAAUUACAACAGUCUAAUUUGUUUGUUUGUUGCUUUUUUUACACUCGGUCUUACUGAGAAAAAAAAAAAAAAGGAAAAAAAGAAACCAGUACUGACUAAAUAUCUGAGGAGAGGAAGGGGUUUGGAUGUUUUCCCUCCCCGCCCCCCUCUAACCUAAAUGCAGGAAGAUUCAAAAUGAUGGGAGAAAUGAAAAAAAAUUUUUUUUAAAGAGCUGAGGGGUAUUGUACCUUGCUCAGCUCCUAUAACAGGUAUUACGAGAGAAUUUGCACACACAUGCAAAGGGGGGUUGAAUUUCAGACACAUGGAGUAAGAUCUAAUGAGAGAAGUUGGGUUCUUAAGCAGCCGUCUGCAUGGUCUGUACUGCAGCUGCUGCAAUUAUUGUGGCUAAACCCAAUCAGACUGAAAGGUCAACUGUCAAGGCUGAAGUAGCACUAAAUGUUCGCUGGAUGUAAAGGCUUUACAAACUUUCUGCACAGCAAUAACUCAAGUCAGUGAGUCAGCUCUUAUAGGUCUUAGCCAUCACAUUUAAUUUUUCUUUUCUCCCCUAAUUUAAACAUUUAUGCAAGACUGUGUAAAAGAUAGCAAACUGUACUGGGAAGGAAGGCAGUACACAGCAACCAAAUGCUUUCCAAACACUUUCAUGUUAUAGAUCACUUUUUUUUUCCUAAAAAUAUUGUUAUUUUAAAAUGUAAAUCAUCCCUUGUGCCAUUUUUAAUCAUGGGUUUAUAGCUGCUUCUUUUUCUUAUAAAACCAAAAAAGAACAAAAAAAAAAAAAAGGAAAAAAUCCCAGUGACUCUAUCACUCUAGAAAAUAUAUAAUUUUAUUUUAUACAUGUCUCGCUACUAGUCAAACAUGUAAUCUGCUUUACCAACCGUAAUUUUGUUAGCACUCUACUAACACACGUGAGUGGAUCUAGCAGCAGACAGAAGAUGGUGUACUGAAUAUUUCAGCACCGAAACCCAUGACACAAACCUCAAAUACUAAAAUGUCAUCAAGAAAGUGAAUGUUAGGGCUCUUCUAGUGAGAGCCUAUUUCAGGCCAUUCACUGGUAAUGCGCACUAAGAGGAUUAGUGGGUAGUUUUACAUAAUGUAUAACUUAAUCCCUCAAUCUUCCUAGAAUACCUGUAAAGCAACAGGCCUUGCAGCUACGGGCUCUUCCAAGAGAUAGUCGACCAUCAGAGUUGUAU